AUGAAAUUGAAAAUAACAGAAAACGACAACGAGACGCAGUCCUUUACAAACGCAGACAUAGAGGUUGGGAAUAAAUACGACUUCAUCAUGAAAAACAAAAUGGCCUCCUCUUCGCUCAAGAAGAAGUUCAAAUUCUGCACGAGUUCAUUCUGCGCCGCUGGACUUGCAGUCACGUGUACCAUCGUCAUUACGAUUUUGAUACUCAUGACUAAAAUGAAUGGACCACCGGCGUUGGAACUCGCGGAGGCUAAAAUUUCGCAACUGGAAAACGAACUGUACCACUGUCAAAACGUCGCGGAAGGAUCUGGCGAAGAAUCGUAUCUUCUCAGCGAUGAUGAGGACGUGAAUCUCCGAGCUCCUGCUCUGGCGAAGAAUGAACGAUUGAUGGACUCCCUCGUCGGAAAAUGGAAACAAGUUCGGACUGAAAACAUGGAAGAGUACAUGACGCUCGAAGGAAACACGCAAAUGCAUAUCAACAUGGCGCACAAGUUCAAUCCCAACAUGGAAAUUACCAAAACGAGCGAAGGGGAGUAUUCUCAACGGAUUUAUGUCACCUCUUUCGGCUUUCAAGUUUACAACGAACAGUGGCCGUGGAACUUGAACGGCAAAAUGAUGCAGUACAAGAACUUCUUCGAAGACACAGUCAACGCCGUCGCCUACGAUGACGGGAAGAAAGUUACGUCUACCAACAUGGGUAGCACAAAAGGACCGCAAAUCACGACGAUGGAGCUGAUCAACGGCGAGCUCCAUUUGACUUUAAUUCUGACCGAGCAGAACUACGUCCGCACUGUUAAAAUCUUCCAGCGCGUAGACUACUAG